UCCCCCUAGAAACGCACAUACACAAGCUGUACAAUCAAAUCGCGUUGUUAUGUUCCCAUCAAUCGAUUGAUCUAAUAAUGGAACAAGUGAAGUGAACGAAAAAAAAACCUAAGAGGAUUGGUUUACUGGAAUAUACACAUCGAGAAUCAUACUACGUUCAUUUUCCGUCAACUAGACAGACCCAUUUUCCUGAUGAUACUCACCGAGUCUGUUGUUCUCUAGACCUUUGCUAUCAUUGUCUGCAACAAAACUUUGAGAUAUGGUGAAAGGUUUCCUGCGGAGUCCCGAGGGGCUCUUUCAGUUAUCACCGAGCGUCACAUUAGUCGGACGAGAGAAUUGUGACUUAAACAUCCAGCUAUCGUCAAUAGAAUUACAGCACGCUGUUAUUGAGUACAGUGAUUCAGAAAGCUGUUUCGUGAUCCAGGACCUGAACACUGCGCAUGGAACGUACGUCAACGACUGCCGCGUUCAGAACGCUGCCGUGAGGUUGGCUCCGGGAGACAGCAUCAGGUUCGGCUACACAGGAUUCCCGCAUGAAUUGGAGGUGGAAGAUGACCAGGUAUCUUACCCACCUGUUGGUAAUAGGGGUGGAGCCAGGAUGAUGCAAGAGAGUGCACCCCUCAACGACUAUUCCCAGGCCCAGCUCCCAUACCUCAACAACCAUGCAGGGGGCGACGCCCCUUACGGCCAACCCCAACAGUCCACCCUCCCUUCCCUGGGAGGGGGCUCAUCAGCUGCCCCACCCCCAGCAGUAUGGGGGACCCCGCCCACAGGUGUCAGUGGGGGUGGGGUGAUACCGAGACCCCCCAGAGCCAGGCCGACGAGCGCGGGUAACAGGAGGGGGAGCGGAAGUGGACCAGGGACUGGGAGCGGGGUCCAUAUCGCUAGUCAGAGCCCUACAAACAGCCCCCUCCCACCAAGACGAGCCGUGACGGGAGGAUGGGUCGGUUCAAGUGGAGCUCGAGGUGUAACGUCCACUCAGCAGGUCAAUGGCAGCCCUAACACCAGAGCUUCACCGGUCAAUGACAUGUUGGCUGCUCAUGAAAAGGACCAGAGACUGCUCCGAAUGGGUGACGAACUCAACCGACUGGCCGUCUUCGAGGCCGAGUCCCAGCGGAAGGACGGGGUCAUCGGUCAGCUGCGGUCAGACAUGGAAUCCUUGGCCAUGCAGUCACACCAGGCCCAGCAGCAGCAGAAACCUCCGCCGGUAGCCGAUACCACGGUCCAGAAGAGACUCAAGGAGCUGGAGAAAGAUGUCAAUCUGAAGCAGCUUGAGGUCAAUGCACUGAAGGAAAAGAUGUCCAAGAUGAGGAUGGAGAGCACCGAUCCCAUGGAGAACAUCGCCCACCUGCGCUCCCUGCUCCACCAGCGGGAGCGGGAGCUGGUCUCCCUGCGCCAGGAGGUGGACAAGAUCCGCAAGGAGAAGGGCACCAGCUCCGCCCUCAUGACCAAGCUCCAGCGGGACCUCACCACCAAGGAGGGCAGCAUCUCCAGGAUGAGGGGCGAGGUGGAGCUCCUCAAGAAGGAGCUGAGGGAAAAGGAGGUGGCCAUCUCGGCGCUGGCUGCCAAGUUCUCCCGCAUGAGGGAGACCAAGAAGCACGAGGAGGAGCUGGCGGCCAGGAACAAGGAGGUGGUCACACUCAAACACAAAUUGAAAGGUGCCGAGAGCAAAGUGGAGGCACUCACGAAACAGACGGCUGAACAGAAAGAGGAGAUUGAUAAGUUAACAGCUCAAGUUGAAGAGGAAACAAAGACAAAACAGAGGUUUAAAGAUGAGAAGGAAGACAUGAAGAAGAAAUUCCUGGAGUCUCAGAGAUUAGAGAAGCAAGCCAGAGUAGACAUCGACCAAGCCAAGAAACAGCUGGAGCGCUUCAGACAAAGGGUCAUGCAGACGACUUUCUCGGCUCCGGGAUUCCGUGUGCCUGACGACGAAUCGACCGUCACGGACGACAGCCUCUUGGAGACGAUGACCAAGCUCAUCACGGAACGCAACGAGGCGAAAAACAAGUUGCGAGAACUCAAAGACACCAUGAAGGGUCUGGAGACCUCGAGCAAGGAGACUAAGUCUAGCCACAAGACACUCAAGCAACAUCUGAUAGCUGCAGAGAAACGUCUUGAAGAAGGAGGCAGAACGUGCUCCCACAUCCGUAACGAGAUCAAGCUCCUCCAGUCGGUCACCGUAGAUGAAUCCUUACAGAACAUCAAAGAUACCAUCGCUAUGAUGCUCCAGAAUGAGUUGGCAUGGCAACAGUCGUUUGAGACCACCCUGGAGAAGUGUGGCUUUGACAUCAAGACUGGUGGCAAAGAUCUUCAAGCCCACAUCGAUAAACUGAGAGACCAGGCUAACAAGGAGAAGAAACUGAAGGAGGAGAUUCAGAUGAGCGUCGACACCAUGUCAUCGGGGGUCAGGUCAGAGAUGGAGAGGAAGCUGGAGAGACAGAAGACGGAGCACGAAGAGACGAUGAAGUUUACCAUGGAAAGAGUUAAAUUAGAAAGUGUCAAAGAAAUGCAAACGGCCGUUGAAGAAGCAAGACAAUCUGAGAAGACGAGAUUGGAGGAGACUUUACAGUCGGAGAGACAGAAGGUACAACACCAGGAGCAGAGCCUGGAGCAGCUAAGACAGGCUCUGACAGAAAGGGGUACAGAUGAUGAGAAAUACGUCACCAUGGAGAAAAGUCUGAAAUUACAAAUCGAAGAACUCCAGAAGGAAGAGAGCAAGCUGAGGGAGGAACUCAGUCUCCACCAGGAGCAGCACAAGAGCUCCGCCUUGAAGGUCGAAGGUCAGGUGACGGAGAUGCUGGAGUCCCACGAGAAGCAGGCGGCCGGGUUCAAGGAGCAGAUCCGCCAGCACGCCCUGACCAUCGUCUCCUUGGAGGAGAAGGCUAAGAAGACACAGAAGGAGCAUCAGGCCUCCAGGAAGGAGGCCAAGGAGCUGGAGAAGAAACUUGAAGUUCAAACCAAGCAAGUGGAGGAGGAAUUGAAGAGAAUCAAGGCUUCUUCCCCGGCCAAGCCUGUCAUCGUAACUCAACCAUCUGCUGAGGUACCGGCCCUUCAACACGCCAUCAACCUGAUCAAGAGGGAGAACGGCCAGCUGAAGAAGGAGAUGCAGGACCAGCAGGACGUAGUCUUGGGUCUCAGGAGAGACUUGGCCGGAGCCUCGGCCAGACUUUCAGACAUGACAGGAGAGCUGAGUGACCGUCAGAAGGAGGAGAUGGAGAACCAGAAGGCUCUCAUCAAGGACCAAGAAGCUGAACUGACCACUCAGAGACAGCAGCUGGUCAAGCUGUCCGAGCUGGUGGACAGGAAGGGGAUCGAGGCGGAGAACAUGGUCAAGGAGAUUGCUGCACAGAAAGAACUGCUGCUGAGACAGAAGAAGGACACCGCAAUCAAGGACUCUGAGCUGAACAGAUUGGAGCAGAACCUCAAGCAGGAGCAAGUUCAAUCCCAGAAGGCCAAGCAGGAAGUCGAACAGGAGGGUUUGAUCACAAGCGAGUUGUCAACCACAGGGGCACAGUGCAGAGGAGAGAGACACGCUGAGGUUAUCUCUAGGCAACGAGAAGCUCUCGGAGAGCUGAGAGGGAGGAUAAAAGGCAUGGAGCAGAACAGACCCCCAUUACCCACUCAAGACCAGGCCUUACAGCAGGUCAUCCUCCUCAAGAAAGAGCUAGCCGAGAUGAGGGCCAAGCAAGCCCAGAUCUCUGCCAUGUCAGGCCAGUCCUCCUCCCCCGACGUCCUGCUUGAACGUGAGGUCGCCAAGGCCAGAGGUCAAAUCUCGACCUCCGUCUCGGAUGCAGCCAUCGAGAGAAGCGCCAGAGUCGAGAUCCAACAAUCCAUGGAUAAGAGCGAAACAGCUUACAUGGAGCUAUCCGGGACGGUCGCCCGACUGCUGGGGCUGGGUGAGAUCCCCGGCCAGGAAUCACUGGCCCACUUGCCCCGUGACGAGAAGGAACGCAUCAUCAAGGAGAGGGGCAGCAGCCACGAGCUCAUAUUGAGUCGGCUGAAGACGCUCAACCAGCGUCUGGAACGCAAGGACGCUCUCCUACAGGGCUACGAGAAGGACCUUGAGAAGCUGCGAUUGGCCGAGAGGGUAGCCAAUGAGAAGGCAGGCCAGGUGGAGAGUUUGGCGGGUGAUGUUAGGAGUCGCCAGGAGGAGUCACACUACCUGAGAGAGACUCUGAGGAGAACGAGAGAAGAACUAGAUAAAGAGAGGAGACUCAAUAGUGCAAUCAAGAGUAAAAAGACAUUCCAUCUUGAGAAUGAUGAGAAGAACAAGCAAGUGUGGCCCAAACACAAGUGCUAUGAAGAUGAUGCCAAGACGAAUAAGAAGGAGGGAAAGAAGAAGCUGCAACAGGAGAAGUUUAUACGCAAGGAAUACGAAAUAGAAACACUGAAGGCGGAACUAGAAGCCAAGGAUCAAAAGCUAUGUGAGACCACAGCUAGACUCAUCAACAUGGAAAAUGCUGCUAUGUCAUGAUUCCUUUGCUCCAAAAAAUCUACGUCUGGUUAGCUAUCCUCCAGGUCAAUGUCCCUUCCACCUUUCUUUCACAUGAGAACAGAGUAAUCGCAUCAAAAAGGUCAAAGGUCAAAGUCCAGAUAUCAUCAAAGGGAAGAAAGGAUGUGUCAUCCUGCAUAUGAUGUUACAUUAAUGAUGAUAGUAAUGAUAAAUCUGGAUUUAUACAGUGUUUAGUACCGAAAAGCGUCUCUAAGCGCUUUACAGAUAUUAUUAUUACCCCAAUCUUAAUAGAAUGUGUUUAAAAACAAGAAAGCAAAAGAGAUUUGUUAAAUGCCAGAUGGCAGCGUAACUCAAUUUUGUAUUCAUUUAAGAGCGUGUACUGCUAGUUUGUAAAUCACUACAUCACCUUGAUCUAGAUGUAAAUGAAAUGUAAAAGUUGAGCAACAUUUGACUUUGACUUGUACUAUUUAAUAAUAGAUGUGUAGUUCAUAUUCAUUAUUCUUGUCCUGAAUCAGGCCAUGAUUUUUUUCUUUCAAAUUUAACCUAAAUGUAAUUUUCCAGUUCUUGUAAAAUGAAUGUCUUUUAUAUUUUACAAUUAAAACUUCUAAAUGAAGCCGUCUUGAAUAAAAAUGUAAAAUUGAAGGUAUGGACAACAUGCAUUGGGAAGGUAGUAAAAGAAAUGAUGAAUAAUUUAUAAACAUUUGAAAAUCAAAAUUUGAAACUAGGAGAGCCCAUAGCAUAUGAGAAUGAUCGAUUUUAUUGCUAAAAUUCAAGUAAUUGUAAAAAUAAGUUUGGGAUGUAAUGCAUUCCGGUACUCAUUUAAGAUUUUGUACAGUUAGUGCGGAAGCAUCUAUUUUCGGGCAUUAUCUAAAUAGCAAACAAGGUCUUGGUAGCUGUGUGAUGUGUCGAUUGUUUCAAAAUUUCUUCACAGUUUGUCUCAAUUGUAAUGAAACAGGUAUAGUUUUGAAUUUUGUUCUGAUGAAUUACAUGAUUGAUUUGCAAGUUGUAAAAUACUUAAUGUUUUUUGCCUUGUUAAAGAGAUUCAUUUCCAAUCUUGAAAUCAAAAUGACUACUCUCGUGGUUGGAUUUUUCGUGUCAGCAGAAAUGUUAAUAUUGGUUAAUAUCUUUGAAUACAUGUUCAAUGUUGGAAGAGGGUAGCGUUUACAUUUUUAGGUGUAUUCUAGUUCAUUCUAGGCUAUUGGAAGUGUUUAAUAGAAGGUGUCUAAAUGGAACUGAGGCUUUGUGUGAAAUCUGAAUCACAUUUUGUAUAUGACUGUACAAGUAUAAGGAUGGGGUUGGAUUGUCACUAUUGAUUUUGAGUUUUGUAACAAGCCUGAGGUUUUAUGUAUGAUCAUGUCUGAGCAGAAUUAAAAUGAAUGACUCGUCUCUGGUGGUGCAUGGUUGCUAUUUUACCUGACUGCUGAGAAAGCAUAAAUGCUUGAAAGUAAGCAACCAGACGGUCGACGGCUUAAGGUCCUCUCUGAGGGACCUGGUAAUGAGGAUUAAUGCCUUACCAAAGGGCACUAGCGCAUCGCCUUGGUUUCGAACCCGGGUCACCGGAUUACGAGACCACUGCUCUACCGACUGAGCUAUCGCGCAUCCAUAUCUGCAAGAUAUGAAUUUUAAUUCAUGAGAACCGUAAUGAAAUUAUUGACCUCAUAGACAUGUACCUGCUCUAUUCAUACGAGACAUACAAAUCUCUUCCUACCGCUUAACGGCAUGCGCUUUCAUACUAGUAGCGAUCUGUAAAGCCCUUAAAUCAAGCAACAUUUGCAGUGAAGCUAGCAUUAAAUACUUGGCAAAAUACACACAAGACAUUAUUUCAUUUAUUCGUAAAUUCAUAAAUUGCUGGUUUUUAGAGUUGUUAAUUUUUACGUGAUUAAUCAUGUACAUUGUGUUCAAUUACUGUUGAUACUAUACUUGAAAUGACUUGAUAAGAUCAAAUGAAAUAUUUCUGUAUUCUAUAUUUUUAAUGAUACCUGUACAUAUGUAACUCAAACUAUGGUAUAUGCCAAUAUCGUGUAUUAUGAAAAGAUAAAUAAGAUGGAUAUGAUUUCAUAUUGGUUUGGUCUAUCAUAACUCUGUUUCACCAUCAACCACACUUUGCUGUUUUUCAAAAAAAAAUUGAGCCCGCAACAUCAAAAAGCAAUACUCACACAGAAGAUUUAGUGAUAUUCUUUCAAGUUUUCCUGAGUAUAUUAUAAUAUCUUCUGCAUGAAUAGAAAAAGACUAAAGAAUUUUCCUAAAAACUCUUUUUUUUAAAAGAAUCUCCCUUUAGUAUAGCACAUUUUGAUACCACUGAGACUUAAUUUUUUUUUUUAUGUUUUGCACCUUUUUAUUAAAAUGACUGCAAGUAGAAUUUAUUAAAAUAGUAACAAUAAUUGCCAAAUAUGAUUUUUGAAUAUUUUUUUAAAAAGAAGCAGUUAGUAUUCAAAGAAUAAAAUAAAUUGUGUCCCGAAAUGUUCAAAUGUAUAAAGAAAAAUGUAAAUAUAUUAAAUACAUAUAUUGAUGAAACAGUAGUAUUGUAUCUCAUUAUGUUGAGUAAAUUGUUAAAUAAUUCUAAAAAAGUGUUAGAUUUAAAAUUGUAGAUAGUUGGUAUAUAUCGUACAUUGCAUUGUCUCGAGUGUAGUGUAAUUUUUGUUGAUGUAAAUGUAUAUUUUUCAGCAAAUGAAAGAUCAUGUCUCGUGAGUGAAUAUAUUGUUAUAUUGGUACAUUCUUGCAAAAUUAUGAUGUGAAAAAUAUAUAUAUUAAAAUCAGAAUGAGAUUGUA